AUGGGACAAUCUCGAUCGCGUAUUACAGAGCAAGAAGUAGAACAACUUAAACAAUUUCAAGAUCAACAAAUCGAGGAAAGAAUUGCACGAGAGGAAUUACGUUUCUUACAGAUCAGAGCCCUCGAGUUGAGUUCGCGUAGAGAGAGCCUGUUAUGGGAGGUUUUAGGUGCUGGGACGUUAACGGUACUUUUACUAGUCACCGGCUCUAUUUACAAAAGAAAAGACUUCGUGGUUCCUAUAGCUGGGCUUAUAAUGACAGCUGGUUAUCGUUAUGAUACAGCUUAUGGAAACAGUUAUGGAAAUAUAAAAGACUCAGCAGAGAGCUUAUUGCAAAAAGAUAGAGAAAGGUUAAAGAUGGUAGACAGUCCCAUUACUUUGAAGGAAAUAGAUUCUUUUCGUGAAAAUAGACUUUCAUAA